CAUCACUCAACCAUCAGUCAACCUCCAAUGGAAGACAACUCCGGAUGGCCGGAAACCUUCGGCUUCCGCAUCGGCGGAGGUCGACCGGUCGUCAUCAUCUACAUCGACGAGGACGGCUCCGCACGCUCGGCCGGCCUUCAAAUCGGCGACCAAAUCAUCGAACUCAACGGCCAGAACGUGCAGCAACUGACAGUCGACGAACUGAAAUUUCUCGCUCAGCAGUCUGUGAAAGUGCCGCCCAGUCUGGCGGUGAUCUCUCGCGUUAAGACGUUGGAAAUUGCGUUGCCGUCGACUGCGGAUGGUUAUGCGUUCACUUUGAGGGGCAAUGGGCCGGUGUUUGUGCGCUCUGUUGAUGUGAGCGGCGCAGCGUGGAGAGCAGGAUUGAGGUCUGGAGAUUUGCUGCUGCAGGUCAACGGAGAAGACAUGCAGUAUGCAAGUAAGCAGCAGAUAGAGAAGGUCGUGCGAGAGUGUGACAAUAGCUUACGACUUGUUGUCAUCGGGAGUGGACUUACGUCUCUUGACAGCAGCAGUAAAGCACAGACGAAUCGUUCGCGAGUCGUCAGAUACCAAAAAGCGAAAUCGUUCUAUCAACAGAUGAAUUACUAUCUUCAUGGAAUGGACCAUAAGAAAGUCCUGCUUGUACUUGCCUUGAAAGAGUUUGCUCGUAAUCGGUUGGUGGAUCAAUUGGCUCAUGCGUGUGUGUCUGUGUUGACGACACAAACAGAGAGGAAGUUGCUGAAGGAGAUCAGAUCGUUUAUCUCUCCCAAGCAACACGCUGCGUUUGACGUUCUAGUACGAAUGGAUUCCGACAUCAUGAGUUCUCGUUCUCAUGGCAUAGGACGACGUCAGACAUCACAACCUGACAUCAGCCUGUUAAGCUCAGGUGGACUUAGAUCAUCAUCAGGAAAUACAUUUGGCAGCACUCCCACUCUAAGGGGUGGCACUACAGAUAGUCCGAGGUUCAUUCGGAUAAAUCGAGGGUCGUCGACAUUUGGCUUUUCUUUAGGUGUUUCUUCUCCAGUCUGUUUGACACAAAUUGAUAAAGGAUCUCCUGCUCAUAAAGCUGGUCUCAAGCCUGGUGAUCAGAUUCUUGAAGUUAAUGGACUGAACGUCAGAAAUAUGUCUAAAGCCAAUCUAGUUAGUCUUCUGAAAGGAAGUGGAACGAGUCCAACGUUAUUGGUUGAGCAGCCACGUGGGUCAAGGAUGUCUCCAGAAGCAUCGUCGAUCGGUUUGUUAGGUGGUCGUAGCAGCACGACAGGAUACAGUCGACAAGUAGCAAGACAGCAGUCAAGAGAAUUUCAGAGCAAAAUGGCAAGUCUUCUAACUAAAGGAGAGAAGCAAGCUGUUGCAAGCUGUUUGGAAAAGUACAAAAUUGACAGGAACGUUGGGCAGCUCGUUCAGUCACUUGCUGCCGUGCUGACAACAAACGAGAAAGUCUAUCUAAUGCAUGAUAUAUGUCAACUUCUUCCAUCACAAGAGCAGACCACAUUUGAUCAGGAAGCAGCAAAAGUUGUAGGCAGAUUUGAGAGUCAAGGGCCAUUACGAGGUGGUGGUAGUGAGGAUGUUGAGGAUGUCAUCUAUCGUGUUCAAGGGAGGAGUCUUGGAGCUGAAGAUAUGGUGGUUGGUAGACACAGACAGCAUGACUUGACUAGAGUUAUUGGAGUUGGCUGUUUUGACAGACUAGACACUAUCUCUGAAUGGGAGCCUGAAAGUCGUACAGGUACUGUGACAAUGAGAGCACGUGUUGGGAGCUACAGCAAGUGUCCACGACGACUUAGCACACUAAGUGGUGAUUCGGAUUGUGCGAUGGCUGAAGUUUCUGAAUAUGGCAAUGCAGUUCCAUCUCCUGACUCGGUCAGCUUUGCUUCAUCAUUUGCCAUCAAUGCUGUCACCUCAUCCACCAAGAACGGCCUUACACCUAAAGACAUUACAAGCGGCAAUGCACAAUCAAGCAAAUUCAGCACAGCGACAACUCAAGAACAGCCAGGAGUAGCUCAUCAGUCUAGUUCAGGUAGCAAGCUUGGAUCAGGAGUAGGCACACAGGUGGACACAAAUUCAAGUGUAACUGGCACUGCAACUGCAGGUUCUCAGUCAGCAGCAACAACAACAAUGACACCAACAGCAGUGGGAGCAACAGGAGCCAGUCUCGGAGAGUUACUGGGCAAAAUAAAUCCUCCAACAGUAGACGAUGCUGCUACAGUUGUCUUAAGUUCUGGUCCUCCUCCUUUUUCUUCUCCUCCUCCUCCUCCUCCUCCACCACCUUCUCCUUCUUUGUCUUCAAUAUUAGGGCUAGUGCCACCUCCACCUCCAUUACCUGGUGGUGUUCCUCCGCCGCCACCAAUGGGAGGCGCUGCGACACAGAAGAGUCGAUUAAAGCAAGUCAAUUGGGAGAAGCUGAGUACGAGUAAUCUUCAAGACACAGUGUGGGCACAGUUAACUGCAUCAUCAGAGUUGGACGAACUCAUAGAAUUGGACGAACAAUUUGCAAGUAGACCGCAGCGAAAAGAGAGUUCGGUGAAGACAGACCAGAUCGACAUUCUAGAUUCCAAGAAGAGUUACAAUAUCUCAAUUUUGAUUGGUCACUUACGACUUUCAUUUGAGGAUAUCAGAGAUUCCGUUCUAGCCAUGGACAACAGAUCAUUUUCACAACAGCAUUUGAGGCAAAUGGAAGCAUAUGCCCCCGAGGCAGGCGAGAUGAGGGCAUAUGAAGAAUUUAGAGGAGACACUACGAAAUUGAGCAGCGCUGACAGGUUUAGCAUGAUGAUGAGUACAAUACCACAAUAUCAGGAGCGGAUCCGUGUUAUGGCCUUCAAAUCUCACUUCUAUGAUAAAGUUGAUGAGAUUGAGCCGGACUUUGAAGACAUCAUAUUGGCAUCGACGGAGCUACAAAACAGUAUGAAGUUUAAGAAACUUUUGGAGCUCAUUUUGGCCAUCGGAAACUACAUGAACACUGGCAACAUGCGAGUAGGUGGAGCCAGUGGAUUUCGAAUCGGAUACUUAACUAAAUUGGAUUCAACAAAAACGAGUGACAACAAGUCAAACCUUGCUCAUUUUCUUGUGAAAACCGUACAGACUAAGUAUCCUGAAGUCUUAACAGUAAGCGACGAGCUCAAACACAUGGCUGCGGCAGCCAAAGUUUCUACACAAACGCUUGCAAGUGAGUUGAAUGAACUCAAACAAGGACUAGCGGAUAUCCAGCUUAAAUCAGAGGCUUACAGCCGGACAAAGUUUGAUGCAACGAAGGACAGAUUCGUCCAAUUUACGACUGAGUUGGUUGCUGCUGGUAGAGAGAGGUUACAAUCUUUGUUGGACUUGCAAGCAAGAACAACCAUGGAGUAUGACAAAACUGUGAGGUAUUUUGGUGAAGACCCAAGGACGACUCGGUCUGAUGAGUUCUUUGCUGUUUUUCAUCAGUUUUUGGAAAUAUUUGAGCGAGCACUUCAACAUAACAUUAGCAAAGAAGAACAAAAGUUAGAGAAAGAAAAAAGAGAAAAGGAAAGAGAGGAAAUUUUGAGUCGUCGGAAAGUAUCCGAAGUAUGUGCAAGCACACGAAACAGUACAGACGAACCAGACAUCAGCGGACGAGAAGAACUACAGCAAGCAGUGCAAUGCCGGAAGCUAGACCCAUCAAAACUAACUGCUCUAGAAACAAAGAAAUAUCGCAGUGAAGGCAGCGGAAGUCUGUCCAACGAAUUCCAGACCUUCCUGCAACAGAAACGGAGUGAAAUGAAAACAGUGAAAUACAACAAUGUCAGUGGCCCCAUUGAUCACGUGACACAAGAGGGAGAGCUAAAUCAAGUCAUAAAACGUCGCCAACUCAACCCCUCAAAACUGGCAGAUCUGGACACAAAGAAAUCUCAGACUAUGAGUGACACCAGCCCAACAGACUUCCGGAGUGUACUAGCCAGACUCGGUAACAAGUCAGUAUCACACAACGAUCACUUAGAAACAACAAAGCACCAGAGUGGACACGACACGACUCAUACAGACUUUCGUAGUGUGUUAGGCCGCAAUCGUAAAUCAUCAGCCGAUGAGUCGAGAACCAAACAGGUCAAGAGUCCAAGUGACUCUUUGCAAACGGAUUUUCGGAGUGUACUACGUCAUCGAGUAAAGAAAACCGUAUCGUUUGCUGAUGCAUGUGAGGAGAUUGGCAGAGAUGGUGAUGACAGUGUGGCAUCUUUCGGUUCUAAUACAAGAAAUCAGAAUGCCAACCCUGAGACACAUUUUUGAAUUUAGAAAAAAAAUUUGUAUUGCGAUUGCCUGUUUUAUACUGAACUCUUGCAGUAAGGAUUUUAGACAAACGAGUGUUCGCAUGUAUAUCCCAUUCAGCAUGUUAGUUUGCAUGAGGUGUGUGACUUUUGUGUUGUAUAGAUCUUUGUUAUUUCAGGGAUUAUGACCAGUUGUAUCAGACAGUAAAUUAAUUAAUUGACAAUCACAAGUCAUUGAUUGGUGACAUGCAUAACCGUUGUUACAAUCAUGCCAGAGUGAUGUUUGACUUUGAUGGUUUGGUACAAAUGGUGUGCCCGUGUGUGUGUGUGUGUGUGUGUGUG